CCGUUACUAUGGUAACGACUGUUUGUUUCCCUGUUGCGCUGCAGUCCCACUACCUCUGCUAGCCGCUAAUUCUAAUACAAGACAACCUUAUUCAUCGUUAUUAUUACAGGAAAGUUUCUUCCAAAGUUGGUACCUAAAGUUGAAACCGCUUUAUCUAACUCUAUGAGCAGUUUGCCAUGAUUAGGUCACAACAUUGGCCAUGGUUGUGAAUUGCUACUUUGCCUGUCCAACAAACAUUUCAUGAUUACAGCCAUUCCGAUCUCUCUCCCUGGAUGCAGUUGGCAGUAGAAGUGAUGUCUGCUCAUGCUGAGAUGCACAAACCCCAUGCUUACUAUCCUUUCAUGGCAGGCUCAUAUUCUGAUUAUGUUCCAGAAAAAGUAGGGGAAAGGACGGUCACUGAUAAACCUCGGAGUCCUCCUACCUGUGCACUACUUCAUUCUGUACAGGAGACUCGAAAGUCUGUCUUUCCAAGUGGUGAAGCGCUGAACACAGACGAGUGCUCACCAAAGGACUCCAUCAACAUCACACCAAGGGUAGAAGAACAAGCACAGCUGACUGCAGUGCCUGAUGACAAGCUGAAAACGAAUGACUCGAUGAAAGCGCAGCCCCCAGACUCAGCAGUAACGGGAGGAACAACGCAUGAUCCCCCACCAGCUGAGUCUCUUCCCAUGCAUGAGAGGAAUGGGGAAGAAGAACAGAUUGAGGAGGAGGAUGCUGAGGAUGAAGACCUGAAGGCACCGGUGGAGCUAAUAAUCAAGUUCCUUAGAGCUGUGAUGGACAGAGACUUUCAACUGGCCAGCAAACUGUGUCAGAUGAUUCUCAUCUAUGAACCAGACAAUCCUGAGGCCUCUGAGUUUCUCCCACUGAUCCACAAGAAGCUGUUGGAGGAACAAGAGGAAGAGCAAAGUCCUGAGGAAGAUGAAGAUGAAGAUGAGGAAGAUGACUCAGCAAGUGAUGAAGAGUCAUCUCGGUGCACAAGCUGUUCCUCUUCGUCUUGCUCCUCUUCCUCACCAUCAGAUGAUGAUGAAGAAGAUGAAGAGCGAGUGAACAGAUACAAGCCUUGUCCUCCUUGUCACAUUUGCCCCUAAGUAACAGUGCAGGAGAAGAAAAGUUUGGUCCUAUCAGCAGAAGGCUGUGCUGAGAGCCUCUUGUGUUUUCUGUUAAUCCUCUAAGCUUCUACUGCACAGUAAGACAUUU